AUGAUUCCCAGCAAGUACAAGGUUCUUCUUAUUUUCAUACUCUUCACGCUAAAUAAUGGGUUCGCGUGGCUCAUGUUUGAUCCCGUUGCAGGGUGGCUUGAAGAGAACUUCAAGGGAAUGUCAGUGAAUCAGCUGCAGAUUCUCUCCUCGUGGCAACCGCUGGUGUUUCUUGUGAUGUUCCUUCCCGUCAUGAAAAUGGUUACGCAACCAGAUGGACUUUGCCGAGCGGUGCGUCUCGGCGCUUCAUGUGAGAUGGUCGGUGCGGCAUUCAAGCUAGUGGGCGCGACUGCGCGCAAUUCCUGGGUCGGUGUGCCUCUCCUUCACGUUGGUCAAAUAUUCAGUGGAGUGGGUUCACCGGUGGCGACGGGGUGUGUUUCCGCACUCUCCGCCAUCUGGUUUGAGCCGGAAGAGAGGACAAGGGCCACGGCAGCUGCGGUCUUGUCAAACAGCGUGGGGAAUUCAAUCUGCUAUCUUAUCGUGCCGACCAUGACGGAUGGAGCCACAUUCGUCUCCGUAACGGUGUAUGAGGUCGUAAUGGGCGGCAUUGCAACAGCACUCGUGUGGUUCGUCUUUCCCACACAGAAGCUGCCCCUCGAGGAGGAGUGCGUCGCACAGCCUGCAACCACGAAAAUCCUUAAAAAGGAGAAGAAGCCUUUGCGUAAGCAGCUCUAUCAACUGCUUAGCGAACCUUCAGCUGUUUGUCUCCUGUUGAUCUAUUCGUGGUCAAGUGGAGGAUUCUCAGCAUGGAUUUCGCUCUUUGACGCAACCUAUCACAAAUUCUUUUCGGAGAACUUUAUCGGAGUAAUGAGUUUCUCCGGCAUGUUGGCGUACGUUGCUGGUGGUUUAAUUUCAUCAUAUCUGACGGACCUUUACUUCAGUCGGCAAAUGAAGUAUGUGAUCUUUUUAUGUAUAACAUGCAACUCUGUCAGCAAUCUCAUUUUCGUGGCUUCCGCACCAAACAAUGAUGGGGAUUCGUUGUGGACACUCGGUAGGGCGUGGAUCGUGGCGGUCACGGCACUGUGUGGAUUCUGGAAUGGUGCCGCGGCUCCAUUGUUUUACGAGCUGAUUGCGGAAGUCUCGUUCCCGGUAGAUGAGGGUGUGAGCGGCAUUGGUGUGUCUGUCUGUGAAAACCUUGGAGCACUAGCCUUUUAUCAAGUUGUCUCACGCUUCUACAGGGGACAAUCUAUGAGCGUCGCGUACUCGUUUGGGAUGACAGUAGCCGUGGCUCUCGCGGCUGCGGUGCGACAGAGGUACAACAGAUCGUACCAUGUGUAUAUGCUGACGCGUGAACAGCCCAAGGAGGUAGUUGUAGAAAGUUGCGCAUCUUCAUUGCCAUAG